UUCUCUUCACUAUCUUAAUGUACACUCUUAGCUACGGCUGCUAUAUUUUGUUCACUGCGUGCUGGACGUGAUCUGUUCGUCGAUUAUUAUCUACUAAUGAAUCCUGGGUCUCAAGAAGGGUGAUGGUGUUGCGAAUACGCUCUGUAGACCUAUUACAUUGACCACAAGUUGAGCAAAGCACGCGAAACACAUUCGUUCCAGAACGUGAAUUUUACAACAAUGUUGAACAAAAAAACAUGAAAGCUUGACACGACUCACUAGUGAUCUGUCAAAAAUUUGCUUUUGAAACAAAUGCCUCUACUUAGAUCACCCGCUAGUACAUAAGAGAAAUUAUUAAACAAAGUUAAGAUUUAAUUGAAACAAAAAAAAAUCCAUGAAGGUGAUUGGAAUGAUAGAGGCUGUUUUUAGCUUGUUACUGAAACUAUCAGCAACCUGUUAAGUGAAGCUUGCAUGGAGGUGUCGUUUUCAUGUGAGGCCUGGACCAUUUUACGCAGUAAUUAAUUUUUAUUGCCCAUAAAAUUCACGCAGGGUUUUUCACUCGAAAUUUCACCAAAGUGUAACCCAUGACCCAUUUUUGUACAUUGUUAUAAAAGCCAUAUUGACUACAUGGAGACAAAUUGCUAUUGUUCAGCGUUUUAAGGUUUUUUUUGCUACCCCUACUAGGAGGUGAAGAAAACGACAGUGUGUAAACCAAGAGAAUAUGAGUUAACCUAUCGAUAAAAUCAGUAAUCUGUAUAACAUAAAAAAACAUAACUCUUUUUAAUCAAAUUGGAGUGUAUUAUUUUUUUAUUUUAACAUCACUUAACUGAAUUAAAUACAGCUGUUCACGAUAUAAAACUUCUUCAUUACCACGAAAGAAACAAGUAUAGCACUUUUCCCCUCGCGUGGAAAGUAUCCCUCCCAAGCGCACUUACUAUUACUAGCCUCCAGGUAUUCCGGAAUGAACUUCUACAAGUUUUUGCAUAUCUCUCCCCUCAAACCAUCUAAACCUGGGAACCGUUUAGAUCUAACCAGGCCAAACGCGUAAUCCAACUCCCUAUCAUCUAAUGGAGGGACAGGUAUCUCUUGUGCUUGAGGUGUCUAGCUCCUACCUGGGAAAGAACGCAACCUAGACGAACCUCCGCACUCUCUCCACGACUAUAUCAGAGUCUCACCAACCCGAAAGAAAAGAGGUGAUAUCCUCCUUCUUACGACCCUGGCAGAUCCUCUUGACCUGACCCCAAGAAGACGAAAUUCCUCCAACCCUCCUUAAUUUUAAGCAAAAACUUUUUGUAUUCCCUCUUCGCAUAACUAAAUUUUAAUCAAAUUAUGAAGUUUUUUCUAACGGCAGUGAGAAAUUAUCAGAAUCAACGAGUACUGGAAACAUUUCAAUGCUAAACAAGAAACGUAAAUUCUCAACGAGCAAAGAGUGAACAGAGAGUUGUCCAUGGCAACGGAAUAAGUCCCAUCGUAUAAAAGAGAAAAACACGAGUACAACGAUUAAUCGAAGUGAGCUUUGGAAAAAAAACCAAAGGCAACUAGUUUUUUUUAAUUCUAACAACGUUUGAGAAUUUUGGAAAAAACUGUAGAUAGAAUUGUCAGCAGCACUUAUUCAAUUCGUAACGGAGGCAAUCGAAUUUCAUCACUUUUCAACGUCUGUGGCAAAAAGUAAAACUGCUAAUGGGCAAUAAAGCGGCCAAAGUUUUGCAGUUGAUAGAAAUAUACGGUUCUGAAGAAGUUGAUGCUGAAGAAGUUGAAGAAAGCAGUGAAAUGUCUGCUCUGCAGAAGCAAAUGGACGAGAUGCGUGAUAUGAUUUCGGGGCUUGCAAAGUCUGUGAGUGAUCUUUUGGCAGUUAAGGUGAGGCAUACAACGUUACAACCAAGUUUAACAAUUUUUCCGGCCAAUAUAAGUAGCUACAAUAUUUCAUCUAAUAACACAAUCUCUGGUUAGCCGGCAAUGUGUAAGACUCCACAACAUGAAAUAAUAAUACAGCGACGACAAUAGGGCUAUCACCGUUGGGAAUUACGACUCAACGUGAAUGGAAGCGAAAUACAGUCCACGAAAUCAUUGGAUUGUUACCUGAUUUUUGAUUUUUGCAAAGGUAACGCAACUACAACAGGCAUAUAAUUGGUGUGAGCAAGAAGUUUUGUUAGCAGCUCAGUCUAAGCUAAAAGGCGUCGCCAAAGAAUGGCUUGACGCACAAAAUGUGUACCAGCGUUGGUCUGUUUUCGUACAAGCUUUCCAACAUGAUUUCCAAUUUACAAUGAGCGCAGCAGAGGUGCACACGGAAAUGUUGAAGCACAAACGACGUGUAAAUGAGACAUUAACGCAAUAAUAUUUUGCAAUGUAGAAUAGUGAUAGACGAGGUAAGAUUGACGAAGCGUCAAUAAAUGCGUACAUUAUUCGAGGGUUAAAGUAUAGUAAUUUAACCCGAACUCUUAUGGCAAUGACUAUACCAACGUGCAAUGAUUUGUUGCGGUUACUUGAGGGUUUGUCAAAUUUACCAUCGUCACCAAAGAAUGUAGAGAGUCAUACGAAUUUCAAAGAUUAUUCUGCGCAAAAUACGAAUACGGGCAAGAAUUUGAUUAAAUGUUACAAUUGCAACGAAUUUGGGGAUAUCCCGGCAAAAUGUACCAACCCGCAACGUAAACCUAGGUGCAGUAAAUGCAACAAGGUGGGUCACGAAGCAAAGUCCUGUCGUUCCGUUAAGGCAACAAUUGCUAAAGUUUUAAGUGAGAAUGUAUAUCCACCCUAAUGUCAAACGUGGAAUUAAACGGUCAGCAAUACUUCGCUUUUAUUGAUACGGGUAGUCAUACGUCACUCAUAACGGAUUCGAAAGUUCUAGCCAAUGUUUUUAAGAAGGCUUGCAUUAAGAAGUUAGAAGGUUUUGGGGGUGCAACAGUUUAUAGCACAGCAGAUAUCGAUGUCGAAUUACGAAGUUGCAAGUAGUACCUGAUGAAUUUAUGCCAUGCGAUGUGUUUAUUGGACGAGAUGUUUUAUGCCAGAAAGAUUGUACUUUAGUUAUUCAAUCGGGCAGCAUGCAAGUUCAGAGGAAAACCGCGGAAAAUUAAGACAUUGACAAAACAUUGAAUGUUGACGAGCUAGAUGAUUUAUGUAAGUUAUUGCAAAAUUUCGACGAUUGUUUCGCAAGAUAUGGCAAAGCUUGGACGAUGUAAGACUACAUGUAUGGAAAUUCAGGUGAACACCGAGAAGCCAGUUGUAGGUAGACAAUAUCAAGUGCCUCUUAUACAAAGACCAGCAUUGGCAACGAUUAUUGACGAAUUGUUAAAAAAAUAACAUAUCAUACGUCAAAGUUCAUCACCUUAUGCAGCUCCAGUUGCAAUUGUAAAGCAGGCGAAUGGAGAUGACAGAAUGUGUGUCAAUUUCCGAGCGUUAAACGCAGUUACAAUCAAGAAGCAGUUUCCAAUGCCAAUUGUAGAGAAGCAAUUGUCAAAGCUUGGAGGUAACACAUUUUUCGAGCCGAGUUUUUGGAUACAGUAUGGGGCUUACAUUAAAGCUAAGCAAAUGUACGUUCAUGGCGAGAAGGGUGAAGUUUUUAGGGCAUGGCGGUAUAAAUCCAGGUCAAGAGAAAACGAAAUCUAUUGAAGCUUUUCCACAGCCGACCAAAGCUAGUGAAGACAAAUCCUUGGCUUGACAGAAUUCUUCAGAAAAUUCAUCCCAGACUACGGGUGCACGGCAAAGUCACUAACAACUUUAUUAAAGCAGGGACAGAUAUUUAAAUGGACAGACGAACAUGCAAUGGCGUUCGAGAAAUUGAAACGAGCGCUUUCUAAUUAACCAGUACUAGUUUUCUACGAUUCAACGAAAAGUCAUGAAGUGCAUACUGAUUCCAGUUCCAUAGGGUUAUCAGGGAUUAUGCCUCAACUAGAAGGUGACAAUUGGAAGCCAGUUCACUACUACAGCAGAGGAUGUAACGCAGCCGAAGCAAAUUAUCCUUCACAUGAACGAGAAGUUUUAGCCAUUGUCGAGACGCUUGAACGACUACAUGUAUAGUUAUUGGGUUCUCCAUUUAUUGUACGAACGGAUUGUAAUGUGGUGGCAACGACUAAAGCUACUACACCACUUAGACCACGCAUUACCAGAUGGUGGCUACGACUCCAGGAGUUUGACUUUGAAUGUAAACAUCGAUCGGGUUCGAAAAUGCAACAUGCCGACACUCUUAGUCGAACGCCAGUUGAGACCACGACUAGUUUAAACACCGUAGCAGAGAAAGUAUUGCAGUUUAAUAGCACACCAGAAGUUAACGAUUGGGUUCAUUCAAUGCAACUCCUAGAUGAGAGUUUACUGCAAAUUAGCAACAUAAUUAACGGGAGAAUAACUACAGAUGAAGCUGCGAUUAAACAAAUGAAAACUGAUUAUACGAUGCACAACAACCCAUUUUUCCGUAAGGUAGGAGAUCAGUUAAGGCUAGCGGUUUCAAAACCGGUAAGAUGGCGAGUCGUUAAGUCAUGUCACGACGACGCAGGGCAUUUUUCAGUAGAGAAAACACUACAACGAUUAAGUAAACAUGUUUGGUUUCCUGGAAUGAGACGGUAUGUAAAGUCAUAUAUACAAGCAUGCGAUGAAUGUUGUUUAUACAAAGUUAAAGGAGGAAAAGCUGAAAGCCAAAUGCCCGUAAGCGAGAUUUUGCCGAUCCCACUUAGGCAUAUCUUUAUUGACCAUGUGGGACCAUUUCAACGCAGCAAGUCAGGGUUUUCAUACAUAUUUUUAAUUGUAUGUGGUUUUAGUAAGUACGUAAUAUUAAAAGCUGUUCGUAAUACUAAAACGGAACCAGUCUUGAAAACACUUUAACACAUGAUGACAAUCUUUAGGCAAUCACGAAAAUUAACGUCUGAUCGAGGUUCAGCAUUCACUUCUAAGCAAUUUCAGGAGUUCAUUGAUAAGCGUGGUAUACAACAUAAUAAAAUUGCUGUACGAACACAGAGGCCCAACGGGCAGGUGGAACGAGUUAAUAGGACUGUUCUCAAUGCUUUAAAAUGUACGAGUGAGACGUCCAGAACAUGGGCAAUGACCUUUUCAACAUCCAAUGGUGUAUAAAUUCUCAACGUCAUGAGGUCACCAAAUUUACACCAAAUGAACUCGUGUUUCAUUUUAACCCUAGAACACACACCCAGAAAAUACCACGUAAACACACACCCGGGAUACGUUUGUACCCGGGACCUUAUUUUGGGGUUUUUUUAAAGCUUAUUCAACCGAUUUUUAUGAUUUUUUUUUUUUUUGAAAUGUAUACUUUAAUAUAUAACAAGUUUUUUGUCUUUUGUUUCAUUCGAAUAUUCCUACUGGUUCCAGCGAUAUGGGCAAAUAAAGUCAGGACCUGCAACAGUGGAUUUUUGUUUUUGUUGUUGUCCUGAUAAAUGCAAAACAAAAUAAUAUAAUUUAUAAUAAUAUACUUGUAGAGUAACAACGAAUACACAUUUUGGUUUUUAUUUCAUUGAAAUAUUUUACCUGGUUCAAAAGAUAUGUGCAAAAAGGUCGCCAAGGUAUGGGUACGUAGGUAGCAAAUUAUAACUGGUUUUUGUAUUUUAUAUGCAGCUGCAAGGGUUGUUUUCACACGAGGUGUUGUUAUAAAUGCUGCCUGUUCAUAUUUUCAUUAUUGUUUUGGUGCUCAAAGGUGUAAGAAGUGAAAAUAUAAGUGAAAAUAAAAAUAACUGAAACUAUAAAUAACUGGAUACGAAAUGACUUCAAGAAGAAACGAAUAUUUAUCAAGUGCAGCAUAUAGAAGGCUAACUGAGGAAUAGCGAGAAUCAUAUAUACAAUCUUUAUUUGAUGAAAUUUGUGACGAUGACGCUCCCUAUGACUUUGACUCAGAAGAUGAAGAAGAAAUUCCAAUUAAUGACAUUGAAAUUGCUGAUGACGAUGCUGAAGUAUUACCUGAUUAAGCGGACUAUGAGGAUGAUGAAGAAGACGAUGAAGAAGAAGAAGUAGAAGAAAAUAAUGAAUUACCUGCUAGUGCCGAAAAAUUUGUUGCACGUGAUGGUACUGAGUGGAGAUUUAUGGGAGUCAACCGUUUCUGUUCGAUAUUGCGGUUCCUAAGAUUUGACGAUAACAACACUCGUGCAACACGCUUACUAACUGAUAAAGCAGCACCGAUCAGUGAGUUGUGGACGAUGAUGAACAAUAAUCUUGCUGCACAUUACAAGCCCAGCUCAUGCUUGACGAUUGAUGAACAAUUAUUUCCUUACCGUGGACGCACACGGUUUACGCAGUACAUACCGUCAAAACCUGCUAAAUAUGGUGUCAAGGUUUUGUGGAUUUGCGAUGCCACAAAUGCAUAUCCACUGCAUGGAGAAAUAUAUACUGGCCAAGCAGAAACUGGUAGGGAAACGAACCAAGGCGAACGAGUGGUGAAGGAUUUGUCUGCCAAAUACCAAGGAAGUGGCCGAAACAUUACAAUGGACAAUUUGUUUACGACCUUGCCAGUUGCAGAACGGCUUCUCACCUGGAAACUCAUGAUCGUUGGAACUUUGCGCAAAAACAAAUCAUAUAUUCCUCAAGAAAUGAAGCAGAACAAAAACAGGACAAUUGGUUCAACGACAUUUGGCUUCAAAAAUAAUGUGACAAUGUGCUCUUAUGUUCCCAAAAAAAAUAAAGCAGUAAUUUUGCUUUCGACCAUGCAUAAUGAUGCUGAAAUAGCUGACAGUGGGAAACCUGAAAUAAUUGAAUAUUAUAAUCGUACCAAAGGUGGUGUUGAUCGAAUGGACCAAAUGUUUGCGGAAUAUCCAACACAAAGACAAACAAAACGAUGGCCACUAGCGAUGUUCUUCAACAUGUUGGACAUAACAGCUCUUGCAGCCUACAUUGUCUACGAUUUGAAUAACCCUAUGUUGCCUUGGAGAACAAACAAUAAGCGUAAGCAGAUCCUGCGCAGCUUGGCUGAAGCAUUGUGUGUGCCCAUUAUUGAAGCCAGAGCCAUAAAUCGUCAAGUGACGCGAAAUUUGUCGACUAAAAUUGCUAUUGAAGCAUAUUUCAACCGACCGGUGGAAUCAAUGGUGUCAACAGCAGCAUCAACAUCUGCCGCAGCGCGCACGCCAAAACCUGUGUCCGGAUCUUGCUAUUUGUUACGCACAAGAGGAAAAACGCCGUAGAAAAACCAGAAAGCUGUGCGCCAAAUGUAAGAAGCCAAUGUGUCUUGAACAUUCGGUCACAUCAACAAAUUGCUCUAUUUGCCAUGAUUUUCCUUAGAUAUAAGAUGCAUUUUUAAAAUUUUUAUAAUAAAAGUCAAUAAUAUAAUGUGUGAAAUGAAUAUUUUUAAUUUUUCAAAUAAAAAAAUAAUAUAAAAAAUUUUUUUUUGAUUAUUAUGAGGAUUUUUACUAUUGGGGUACAAACGUAUCCCGGGUGUGUGUUUACGUAUAUAAUGUGUUUGGAAGGCUGUAGCUCCUAAACCAAUGGUCCGAUCUGGUUCAAAUUUUGAAUUUGAACUCAGAACUAAAUAAUCUUCCUGGAUCCGAAGUUAGCGGUAUAGAGGUAUAACGGUUCAAAAGUUACAACACUUCAAAGUUGAAAGUGGAUACAUUUGUACCCGGAUGUGUGUUCUAGGGUUAAUCUCAGAGACGUAACUUACAACAGGAUGAUACAAGCAUUACACGAUGACGAUAGAGGUAACAUAGAUAUCGACAUUAAGCGAGAAGAAGCAGCGAACAACACCUCAGUCACCACGAAAAUACGAUAUCGGGGACUUAGUAAUCAUCGAUCAUGUUCAUAAUGCGACAGGCGAGUCAUAUAAGCUGGAUCCAGUAUUCAAAGGUCCUUAUAUCGUUACGAAGGUACUCAACUACGAUAGAUACAUCAAUGAAGAUCUACCAGAUUCAACGCAUACACAAAGAUAUUAUUGUAACACUUGUAGUGUAGAUCAUAUAAAACCAUGGUGUACAUUGAGCCCUGAGUUAGAUGGCGUCGAUGAAGACGACAAAUUGUCCUUGCGGGACAAAAUGUCAGGAUAUGCCGAGCUGUAACCGACACUUUAAUCGAGUGAGGGGCAUUCGUUAACGAGCAAGCAAACGGAGUAGUCGUUAGCAGGCGCUCAAAAAUAAAUUUAAUUUUCUUUUGAAUAAACAUUGUAUUCGUUUAAUAAUAAUUUAAAAUAAAUAGUUUGGGCAUUAUAUUGAGGUUAUUAGCCUCACCACCUCACACCACUCAUUCGCUUAAUGCCUCAUCUCGACUGUGGCUUUGGUAUCCGGGGGAAUGCCGGGAUACCUUACUAAACCGCAUCGAAGACGAGGCAUUCGCUUCCAGCCCUAGAAUGAAUUGGCUAGUACUUGCAAAUAGAACCACUAGAUGUAGCACCUACCUGUCUCCAAGAGGGCGGGCAUCUGUUAGUCCGUACCUUCCAGGACGACAUUGGUGCUACCAUCAGAGGCCACUUUCCAGGGACAACUGACCAUCUUCUAACCUCGAACCAUCCCUUCUACUAGCGCUCGCAUUGCUAGCGCCCGCUUGCUUCUCGCCCGUUAGAUUAGGAAAUUGCCGUCAUAAAUUUGACUUUGAAUAUAUUAAUAUCGAGUACUUAAUAAAUUCUAAUGUAUUAAAUGAAUUUCUAUCAUAAUUUUUCCCUUGAAAAUAUUAAUUUACAUACCUGCUAUUAAUAUUAAAAUAUGAGACCACUAUACAAAUGAACAAUGCAAAACACAAGUUUGUGUGGUUUCGACUUUGGUCAGCGUUCACUCUGCGAUGCUUAUGCAAUUUCGUAUGAAAAUGUACGCACACAUUUUUGAAGCUGAUUUCUUGCUUUCGUCAGCUUUGCGCUCGGUUCGGCUUUGAGCGUCCACUUUGCAACACCCUUAGGAUCUUAGGAGAUAAACCGAUAUAAAUACAUUCUGAUUUUUUUCAUUGUGUUAUAAAAUACAACAAAAAAAAACACAAAUUUAUCUUA